AUUGUGCGAGGUUCCGUCAGUAGGAAUCGGGAUUUUGUGACGGUUAGACGUGUCGUGGAGUGGCGAAUCUGAGAAAUCACACGAGCACAUAUGACAGAAGCAGCACGUGCUUACGCGAAUGCAUAAAUGUGCAUAUCGGAUUAAUUCUCGUUCAAUGUAAUUUCAGUGACAGAAGAGACGGUUGCAUCGUGUAUAAACGUGGACUUAGUUAAGAAGUUGCCGGCAUCAGUCUAUGUUACAUGAGAUGCGGUUGGUUGUAUUUUUGAAAAACAUUGAAUGUUAGAAUUGUCGUUUUUUAUUCAAUGGACAGAUGUGAGAAUAGCUCGACAGCGUGAAUAUUCAUAGUGUGAGGUUAUGGGGGGAUCGGAUACCUGACAGAUACUUUGUUCUCUACUCGAGAUCUUUUCUCGAGGCUGAGAAAGAAGGUGAAGGAUGAAAUACCUGCUUUUAUUCGUUCAUGGUUGAUUCCUUUUUAAACGAAAGACAUCUAUUCGUACCGGUCUAUCCCCUCCAUUAUAUAUGAGAAUAGUGCAUCGAAACGUUAGACUACUUUAUAACAGAGGUCCGAUACCUAGGAUUCGAUUGGAUAUCGAAUUAUGAAUCACAUUGACAUAAAAUACUCAAGUCAAAAUUGGAGGAAACAUUAGCCAUACAUAGUCACCCUUAAACGUGCGGCGCCAUUUUGAAGUCACGUCACUAUUUUGGAGGUCAACAUUUUUGCUUAUAAAACGAUUUAUAUUUUGGUCUACAAAUAAACGUUCAACUUACCAGCUUCUAGAUCCUAAUCGAAUCCGCUGUCAAUUACAUCGCCAACGAUAAUCACGGACGAAGAAUUAUUAAAAAAUUAAAAGACAAGAAUAGAUUAAAAAUAAAAAUGGCACAUGAAAACGGUAUAAGCGGUGAUACCGAUUCCGAAACGGUAGAAUUGAAUCCAUUGAGAAGAACCAGAUUCCAUGUAAAUCGGGUGGACAGUCUUGAAGGUCGAGCGAGCCUUCUUGGAGAACAAGAAACGAGAAAGUCCCUCCGACACAUGACUAGGGAGGCACUGCCUAGACUGGAUAAUUAUAGAAACAUUAUGAGUAUCCAGGCUGCUCAUAGACCGUCUUUGGACGAGCUUCACAAUCCCACUGUGCUUAACAAGGGUUCAGGAUCGCAUAGUUUGCCACCAGUGCAAGUGAAGCCACCGACUUCCGGAAUAAAAUUCGGAUGGAUUCAAGGAGUCUUAUUGAGAUGCCUUCUCAAUAUUUGGGGAGUAAUGCUUUUUUUACGACUCUCCUGGGUCGUAGCACAAGCAGGAAUAGGAGAAGCUAUUUUAUUGAUUUUAACAACGACAACUGUAACUACGAUAACAUCGUUAUCUAUGUCGGCGAUUAGCACAAAUGGUCUCAUUAAAGGAGGUGGAACGUAUUACAUGAUUUCCAGAUCACUGGGACCAGAAUUCGGAGGAUCUAUAGGACUUAUAUUUUCUUUGGCGAACGCAGUCGCUUGUUCGAUGUAUGUUGUUGGAUUUUGCGAGAGUAUGGUUGAUUGCUUAAAAUCAAAUGGAGUUUGUAUUGUUGAUUGCGAUAAUACGGAUAUUAGAAUUAUAGGUUGUAUCACGAUAGUUCUGUUACUUUUGAUCGUAAUGAUUGGAUUGGAAUGGGAAGCCAAAGCUCAAAUUGGUUUGCUGAUUAUAUUGCUUUUAGCUAUCGCUGAUUUUAUGAUUGGCACCUUUAUUGGACCUAAAGAUGAUCAAGAACGGGCUAAAGGAUUUAUGGGAUACAACGCUGAUCUAUUCAAGGAGAACUUUUAUCCGGAUUACAGAUAUAGUGAGGGAAUGAAGCAUAAUUUUUUUUCAGUCUUGGCUAUUUUUUUCCCUGCGGCUACAGGUAUCCUGGCAGGUGCGAAUAUAUCCGGUGAUUUGAAGGAUCCGCAAACGGCUAUUCCUAAAGGAACAUUGUUAGCUAUUCUUUUAACAACUAUAUCUUACCUCUUUAUGGCGCUUAUGGUGGGCGGCUCAGUUAUGCGAGAUGCAUCUGGCGAUGUUAAUGAUCUGUGGAAUAUUUUCAAUAGUUCAUAUGCUGCUUUAUCAAGUUCGAAUACGACUAAUGAAACAACCGAAUCUUCAAUUAUUGUAAAUUCCAAUCAAAUAGUAUGGAGUAUAUAUAGUACAAAAUUUAAUUGUACAGGAAAUUGUCAAUAUGGUAGCCAUAAUAGUUUUCAGGUGAUCGAAUUGGUUUCUGCAUUUGGACCAUUUAUUUAUGCUGGAUGUUUUGCAGCUACUUUAUCAAGCGCUUUAGCAUCGCUGGUUUCCGCACCCAAAGUAUUUCAGGCACUUUGUCUCGAUAAAUUAUAUCCUGGAAUAGCAUGGUUUAGUGGCGACAAAGAUAAAGAACCAAUUCGUGGUUAUCUUCUUACUUUUAUAAUCGCAGUUGGUUUUAUUUUAAUCGGAGAAUUGAAUGCUAUAGCUCCUUUGAUCUCAAAUUUUUUCUUGGCUGCCUAUACUCUUAUUAAUUUUAGCACUUUCCAUGCUUCGUUGGCAAAACCAAUUGGUUGGAGACCAACGUUUAAAUAUUAUAAUAUGUGGCUAAGUCUUGCUGGUGCUAUUCUUUGUGUUUCUGUGAUGUUCUUGAUCUCAUGGUGGACAGCGUUGAUCACAUUAUUUGUAGUAUUAACACUUUAUUUAAUAGUUUCUUAUAGAAAACCAGAUGUUAAUUGGGGUUCUACAACACAAGCCCAAACAUACAAUAAUGCCUUAAAUGCUGUUCAACAAUUAGAUAGAGUUGAAGAACAUGUUAAAAAUUAUAGACCUCAACUGUUAGUAUUAAGUGGCACUCCAAGUGCAAGAUCAGCACUUAUUGAUUUUGCACAUCAUAUUACUAAAAAUAAUAGUUUAUUUAUUUGUGGCCAUAUUAUUGAGACACCAAUAUCAUAUAAGACGCGAAAUUCCAUGAUUGCGAAUUGUACUUCCUGGUUUAGAGCAAAUAAAAUUAAGGCAUUUUAUUCUCUGGUGGAUGGUGCAAAUUUUCAAGAUGGCACUACUUCUCUUUUACAAGCUGCCGGUUUAGGAAAAAUGAAGCCUAAUAUUUUAUUAAUGGGCUAUAAGCAAGACUGGGCAACUUGUCCUCGAGAAAAUUUAAAUAUGUACUUUAAUAUUAUGCACAAAGCUUUAGAUAUGCAUAUAGCAGUAGCUCUUCUGCGAAUAAGUGAAGGUUUAGAUUGUAGUAUAGGAGAUAUUGAAGAACAAAAAAAAAGUGUUCAAACAAUUCCAGGGAAUCAAAGCUUUUCUCAACUUAGCCAAGCCAGUAGUACAUCAGAUAUUUCUAUUCCUGGAAGUCCAGCUCCAAGAAGAUCUAAAAUGAUUAAUGAAUAUCCUAAUCCAACUGCAGAAGAUCAACGUGAAAAUCGACAAAAUUUCCUACCUAUAGCAAAAGAUAUACUUAAUGCUGUAACAAAAUUCCAACGUAAACAAAAAAAGGGUACUAUAGAUGUAUGGUGGUUGUAUGAUGAUGGUGGUUUAACUCUUUUAUUACCCUAUAUUAUCAGUACAAGACGUAAUUGGUCUAAUAAUAAAUUAAGAGUUUUUGCCUUAGCAAAUAAAAAUUCUGAACUCGAAUAUGAACAAAGAAAUAUGGCAAGUCUUUUAUCGAAAUUCAGGAUAGAUUAUUCUGCAUUGAAAGUUAUACCAGAUAUUUCAAAACCAGCACAGAAUACUACCAAAAGUUUCUUUGAUUCAUUAAUAGCAAAUUUUCAAGAAACAGAAAAUACAAAAACAAUGAAUGAUGAUAUUAUCAAAGAUUCUGAAUUAAUUGCUAUGAAAGAAAAAACAAAUAGACAUCUACGUUUAAGAGAAUUAUUACUUGAAAAUUCUAUGGAUGCUAAUUUAGUAGUUAUGACAUUGCCAAUGCCUCGAAAGGGUGCUGUUUCAGCACCUCUCUAUAUGGCUUGGCUCGAAACUUUAACGCGUGAUAUGCCACCAUUUUUACUUGUUCGAGGAAAUCACACGUCUGUUUUAACUUUUUACUCUUAAUAAUAUAAAAUAAAUAACAAGACUUGUGCAUUAUAUGAUAUUGAAA